AUGAUUGACGAGGGACUGGACUCUGAAUGGGUCGACGGUGACGGAACAGGACAUAAGUCGAUGUGUUUGUGGUACGACUCUUCCGGGAACGGAAAGUCACUCAGAAGGAUCUCUGCACAGAGUAACAUGGUGAAGGUCAGGGCCCCGAGCCGCGUGGUUUCGACUUCCGAUCACCAGUCGGGAUUCAGCGAGACUGAAUGCGGCGAGAAUCCAGACAUCAAUGAGCUUAGCGGAACGGAUGAGCACACAGCCGAGCAGGCACACGACGAUUCGAUCUUCGAUGUGGAAGACAUAUGGCUACAAAUAGCGGAUAUGGAGAGCGACCCGGGCUAUACAAUUCCACCGCCGCCACGGCCACGGCCAAGUGGGCCCCGUCCUAUGCCAGACAAGUUACCCUCCUUGUUGCCUCCCGAGAUGGAGAAUUACAAGCCAGCUUUACCGCACCGAGAGCCUCAUCAUGGCAAAAACAAGACAGGUUUGGUCAGAAAUGGCUCCUCCCAUCAGGCAGUACAUGUUCAACGAAGUACAAGCACCACUAAGAGACCAGCCGCACAGGCGCGAAUACUCACUCUUCAAGCAUUUGGACCGCCUCGAGGUAGGAGGUCAAGUACCGCCACAAAACGCCAUAAGUAG